AAGAGACGUCAAAUAAUUCGUUACGAAAAGGUUUGACUUUUCAGAUGUGUCACGCGUGCACAAUGAUCCUUAAAAGUAGAGAGUAGUAUAUAAAUAAAUGGAGUAUCUCUUGUCUUUCCUUCACGAUUAACCACAAAAUCAGGAGACAAAAUGGCGGCAGAAGUUUUACAACUCUCGUCGCUGUUGGCUAACAUGAGAUGUACUAAUAUGGCUGUUCUAGGAAACCCCCGAUGCUACAUUGACAACGCGCGGCUUGGAGGGCGUAACAUAUUAUGUUGUGAACAGGGAUUAGUUUUUUCGGCAAAAUUUUGCAGAUGUGUGCCGGCGAAUCCCGAUAUAAAUUCUGUGAAUGAUAAGAACUCUCAGGCUUCACAGAAACACCCACGUGACUCCAAAAUGUCGGAAACCGUAGACGCCCCCACAGCAGUAGUAGAAAUUCCUCCAAAUCAGCUUGCGGGAUCAGGAACACAAAUUGAUCCAAAAACGGACGCGGAUUCAAACACUCCCAACCAGCAGGCCAUCAACAGCCGCCAGCCACAAUACGUUUUCCGUAGUGCCAAUCCACUUCUGCGACCGCCAAUGCCAAGAAUAAACUUCAUGAAUAUUCGUCAAAGAAAUGGCAUGAUUCUGCGCAUGCCCGUCAUUUACGUUGUUACUAGGAAUUUCCGAAAUCGGUUAGUUCGGAGAGCACUUCCAAUAUUCACCAUUCGUAAUGGUCAGUUUUAUUUUUCGAGAACUAUUGUACAGCGGUAUCCAUCGGUGGUGAGAAGAGUACAACAGCUUAAUGCGCAGGGAAUAGUUAUUAAGCCAACGUUCGUCCGACCGGAAAUACAGGCCAAGCCGUCCCCAACAGCCACUGCUGCAGGUAAACCGGAACAGUUACCAGUUGUAGACCGGAUUUCGGAAAAAAUGGAGGAAGCUACGGGCAAAGUCGAACCUGUUGUCAGAGAGGAUAACGCGCCGGUAACUCCGGGACCUAUAUCUGUAGCAGGUGACAGUAUUCAAGGUGAAAAGAAGGAACCGGAACCAAAUAUGAACGAGUUUCCGUUCGUUCUGACAACAAGGGGAGGUAAUACCCCGAUCGACGCCUUGACUGGUUUACCUCUCAAUCAGCCUUUCCCGCCAGAUUUCGUAUUACCGACCUUCGAACCCCCCAGGCAAGGCAUGCCCCCUCCUCCAAGUGAUCUACUAACGGAUAUUCUGCCCAGCAAAACCGAAGCGUCUGUACAAUAAGUCAUUAUGUAGCUGUGAUCUCAUACAUGUGAGUGUUCUGAUCUGUUUAUAAUUUAUUGAUGAUGCUUCUAACUAUUGAAUAAACGUUAAAAAUCCUG